AUGCGUGUUUUUUCUCCCAUAUUGGUCGCGUCGACCUUGAUCCCUCUUAUCUCCGCCGUCCCCGCUGGUUCAAGCAUCACCCCACCGCCACCCUUGCAGCCUUCCCACUUCACUCAUUCUAGUCCACGCCCAUGGGCUCGACUCCGCGACUGGAUAAUUGGCUCGAUAUGGGAUAUUGAUCACAAACACCACUCUUCAAAACAUUCCUCGCCACCAUCCAAUAUUCACGAUCGGUAUGGCAGUGAUGUCGUCCUCCGCUUUCAUUUGCGCCAGCCGGACGAGGCAGAAGCAUUGGCUUCCGCCUCGCAGGUGCUGUUUUUGGACAUUUGGGCUAUAACCUCGAAAUUUGUAGAUAUCAGACUUGCAGAUGAUAUGAUCCCUUCCUUGCUGGACCUAUUACCUUUAACACUCCGCACCUCCUACACUCCCCUCAUGGACAACCUCGCCGAUGAAAUAUACGCUUCUUACCCUUCCCGUCACCGUAGCGACUCAGACUUCAGAUCGGGACUUGCGUCGGCUGAGCUGAAGACGAUAUCGAACGGCGACCUAUUCUUCCAAGAAUACCAGCCGCUCUCGGUCAUCACGCAAUGGAUGCGCUUGAUGGCAUCAAUGUUCUCCUCUCACGUACGGAUGACCAGCGUGGGAGUCUCUUACGAGGGUCGCGAUAUCCCAGCAUUGCGACUCGGUACCUCUCACAACACAGAAACCACAUCGGGUCCCCGGAAGACAAUCCUUAUUGUCGGCGGUAGUCAUGCCAGGGAAUGGAUCAGUACCUCCACUGUAACAUAUGUCGCAUACAGUCUCAUCACUCAUUAUGGCUAUUCACCCGCCGUAACACGGUUGCUGCACGAAUACGACUGGGUCUUAAUUCCAACUAUCAAUCCCGACGGAUACGUGUACUCAUGGGAGUCAGACCGUCUAUGGCGCAAGAACCGCCAGCCAACGGGUCUUCCACUAUGCCCGGGUGUCGACCUAGACCGCGCCUGGGACUACGAGUGGGACGGCGAGUCGACUCGCUCGAACCCGUGUUCAGAGAACUACGCCGGCGCAGAGCCAUUCGAGGCACUUGAAUCGCAGCGUUUGGCGCAGUGGGCCCAAAAUCAGACGGCGCACUCCGGAGCUGAGAUCGUAGGCUUCAUCGACUUACACUCCUACUCCCAGCAGAUUCUAUACCCUUACUCAUACUCCUGCUCAUCCGCCAAGGCAAUCCGUCAGACAUCCCAUGAAUCGUAUGACGUUACCUCUGCGUGCGAGGGGAUCCUCACUCAAGGUGCAGCUGCUGGGAUUACCUCGGGCGGCAGCGCGUUGGAUUGGUUCUACCAUAAGCUUCACGCCAGGUUCUCGUACCAGAUCAAGCUCCGCGACCGCGGUAGUUACGGAUUCCUUUUGCCUUCGGAGCACAUCGUUCCCACGGGCAAGGAGAUUUUCCGUGCUUUAUUGACAUUCGGCAAGUUUGUCUGGGGCGAGGAGGCGUCGGAUAUCAGCUUUGAGGAUAUGACGGGCGAUCAGAUACCUCUAACUGACAACCUGUAG